AUGCAGGUUUCACCUAACCCUGACAAGUCCAUACAGGUUUCACUUAACCCUUACAAGUCCAUACAGGUUUCACUUAACCCCUACAAGUCCAUACAGGUUUCACCUAACCCCUACAAGUCCAUACAGGUUUCACCUAACCACUACAAGUCCAUACAGGUUUCACCUAACCGCUACAAGUCCAUACAGGUUUCACUUAACCCCUACAAGUCCAUACAGGUUUCACCUAACCCCUACAAGUCCAUACAGGUUUCACCUAACCACUACAAGUCCAUACAGGUUUCACCUAACCGCUACAAGUCCAUACAGGUUUCACUUAACCCCUACAAGUCCAUACAGAAAGCAGACAAGCGUGCCCUGGAGACCAAGGUGAGUCGCAUGCAGUUUGACUCCAUGACAGAGGAGCUCAACACCAUGUUCCAGGAGCUGCUCAGCAAGAUCACCGGCCAGGAGCAGGACUGGCACAAAAUCAUUGACAAAAUCUCCACCGAGAUGGAGUGCAAGCUGGACCGGAUUGAGCUGGAUCCUGUGAAGAAGCAGCUAGAGGACUGCUGGAAGAGCAUCCGUAAGCAGCUGCAGGCCCAGCCUGCCCCAAAGGAGGACAACGCUGCAGGCAUCAGGAAACAGCUUGUGGCAAGGUUCCACUGCAUCUCCUGCGACCGCCCAGUCGAUAUGCUUACCCCAGGACCGCACUUGGUCACCGUGCCCUCCACUCCUGGCCUACCCUCCCACAAGUCCAACCGACCGUACACCAUCUAUGAGCUUGAGCAGGUUCGCCAGCAUUGUAGAAGCCUGAGGCCAGGGACCAACCACAGCCACUUUGAGAUGGCCAGCUCCGAAAGGGGCCAUGAUGCAGGGGCUCUGAGGGAGAUCGGGCCCUCCCGCUAUCCAGACAUCCUGAGCCCGCUGCAGAGGACCAGCCAGAGUCUGCCCAAGCACGAGCGCAUCCCAGAGAUGGCAGACUACAGUUACCUGGCCAUGUCCCGGAGCUGUGGAGGCAGCCACACCGUGACCUACCCCAACCGCCGCUACACCCGCCUGCAGCACAUCAGCCACUUCAUCCAGGCUGAGGAGGAGACACCGCCCGUCUCCAGCUCCCCACUGCGCAUUCAGCCGGAGGAGGUGGACAUCCUGGGAUUGGACGGACAUAUCUACAAGGGCCGCCUGAAAACCAGAUCGGUCAAGACUGUGGAUGCCAGACUACCCACCAUCUUUCCUAAAGACGUAGGCAUGUGCAAGAGCAAAGACAAGAUCAUGCGCUCCCAGUUCCAGAAGCCUGGCUGCACAGAGCCGGGCUGUGUGACCCCUGUGCGACCCCAGAGUGCCAAGACCCAGCGCAGCCGCUCAGCCUCAGGCAGCUUUGUGCGGGACCGGCCCAUGUCUUCUUUAGGCUGCCUGUCCCAGGCUACCCUUCCCCAGAGCUCGUCCCAUGCUGACACCACCAGCGAGCUGCUGCAGCAAGAUCUGGAGCUUCACGUGGACCUGAGCCAGUUGGAAGAAGAGCCCAUCAUCAUCCUGUAGGGGGUGAUAGAGAGCCCCGCACACCUUAUUUUAAUAAACCGUUUACAGCAGCAGCAGGAGGGUAUCCUGGUCUCCAUUUUGUAAUGGAGCAUACAGAUGUGAAAAUCAAGUCUGAUAUUAGUCAGUUAGGUUAUUUAUGGAUUGUAAUGGAAGAACACAUUCUGGGGCAUAUGAACACUGUUUCCAUGCAACAAAAUAGCUGAGUCACAAAAUAGCUGAGUCACAUUUCCAGUGUAGCUUUAUAGGUGUUAUACCUUACGUGUGGCUACAUUACGAUUUUGGUUUAUGAUGCCUGAUUUUCAAUGACCUUCAUAGACAGGUGACCUCAAAUACCAGACUGUUUGGAUGCAGAAGAAUACCACAAUGGAGCAAUUCAUUUGACAUAUAGGGUCUUAUAGAGCGGUAUCAUUAAGGGCUUGAAAUGUCUUCCCUCUCACAGACCCAAUUUCUGUAACGUCUGAUUCAUUGUAUUAGUGUCUCAAGUUGUUCCAUCACAUGUUAAGAGGAAAGACAUUCAUGCGUGCUGUCAUUACCACAGAAAUGUACCCCUGUCGUGGACUCAUAACAAUGGUAGUCAGCCACCUGCAUCUAUUGGGGAAGCAAAGCAGCCAGGGUUGUAAAACCGGCCCAGAUGGCGUUCCCUUCAAAUGUCACCGUGCCUGUGUCCAGUUACAGCAGUCUCCUGGUGUCUGUGUGUUUUAAACAAGGGGGUUAGCUAUGUGUGUCUCACUCUGGCAUAGCAUACCAUUUCUAACCAUGGCACAGCAUUGGGUAUCAUAGCAUACCAUUUUUAACCAUGGCACAGCAUUGGGUAUCAUAGCAUACCAUUUUUAACCAUGGCACAGCAUUGGGUAUCGUAGCAUACCAUUUUUAACCAUGGCACAGCAUUGGGUAUCAUAGCAUACCAUUUUUAACCAUGGCACAGCAUUGGGUAUCAUAGCAUAUCAUUUUUAACCAUGGCACAACAUUGGGUACCACAGCAUACUUUUAGCGUAGCGCCAUGUCAGGAUUUGAAUUAAUAAACUUGAAAGGACAAACUGUACUGUCAGUGAGGAACGGGGUGACAAUUUCCUAGAAGCAGGGGCUUUGCUUACACACAUUUUGUGUCAAUGAGAAAUAUGAUGUAUAUUUAUCUCUAUCCAUGCCUUACACACUCAGUGGCCAGUUUAUUAGAUACACCCAUCUAGUACUGGGUUGGACUUCCCUUUGCCUCUAGAACAGUCUGAAUUCUUCAGGGCAUGGAAACAUUGCUCAAUUGGUAUCAAGGGAUCUAACUUUGCCAGGAACACAUUCCCCACAUCAUUACACCACUGCCACCAGCCUGUACCAUUGACAGCAGGCAGGAUGGGUCCAUGGACUUAUGCUGCUUACGCCAAAUCCUGACUCUGUCAUCAGCAUGACACAACAGGAACCGGGAUUCGUCGAACCAGGCAACGUUUUUCCACUUAUCAAUGGUCCAGUGUUGGUGAUCGCGUGACAACUGGAGCUGCUUCUUCUUGUUUUAAGCUGAUAGGAGUAGAACCUGGUGUGGUUGUCUGCUGCAAUAGCCCAUCUGUGACAAGGACCAAUGAGUUGUGCAUUCAAAGUCGCUUAGGUCAAUAGUUUUUCCCAUUCUAAUGUUCAUUCGAACAGUAAUUGAAUUACUGGAUGCCCGUCUGCCUGCUUUAUAUAGCAAGCCAUGGUCUCCUGACUCGUGAACAAGGUGGUGUACCUAAUAAACUGGGUAUAAGUGAUCCCUUUCAUAGCAUUUGGAUGUAUUAAGGAGAGUAUUUAAGACAGGCAGUUAAUCUGAAUGUAACAUUUCCAUUGGUAGAUGUAUUUUUGUUUUCAAAGAUAAAUGGGCCUUCAUGGAA